CCCACACAAAAAAAAGGUGAGAAGUAGAAUCAACCGCGGCAGCUCGAGCCACCACACACCCGCGCUCGCGCCCGUGCCGCCGCCGCCGCCGCCGGCCGCCGCAACCCAAUUCAAUGAUGCAGGCGGCAUCACCCGCGUGGGCUCCGCCCGCCUUCUCCUCGGCUUCCGCCGUAUCCGCGCGGCCCCGCCGUGGCGCGCGCACCGGCGGCGCCGUCCGGUGCGAGCUCGCCUCCUCCUCCUCCCCCGCGGCAUCGGCCCCCGGCUCCGUGGCAGCCCGCUGGGCCCAGAGGACCGUCGUCAUCCCGCCGCAGCGCCGCGGCUGCCACCUCGUCACCCCCAAGAUUGUCAACGAGAUAAGAGACGAACUGUCUGAGUUCAAGUGCGGGAUGGCACAUCUGUUCUUGCAGCACACGAGUGCUUCAUUGACUAUUAAUGAGAACUAUGACUCCGAUGUCCAGUUUGACACGGAAACAUUUCUUAAUCGUGUUGUCCCAGAGGGUCCGUCUGCUCCAUGGAGGCACACAAUUGAAGGGCCAGACGACAUGCCAGCGCAUAUUAAAUCGUCGAUGUUUGGUUGUGCCCUGAUGAUUCCUAUCACUGAUGGGCGUCUCAACAUGGGAACCUGGCAGGGUAUAUGGCUCUGUGAACAUCGAGACUAUGCUACUCCUCGCAAGAUUGUGAUUACGCUCAAUGGGAUUUGAAUGGUCCAUGAUAACAGCUGUAACUGCAAUAUGCCCAUUUCGACGUCUAGAUCAUAUGCACUGAAAUUCAAACAUUUCUCACCAAUUGUGAUUUGAACUAUAAUGGUGAAUCUAUUUUGCAAUCUUAUAUCUGAGUGAGGAUUAUCUGUAUUACUACUAGUCUUUCUCCAUGGAUUAGUGGGUGUAGUAUUGCAACUCCAUGGGAGUUGGUGAUGCAUUUCACUAUUUGAAAAAUAAGUCUUCACCUCAGCAACCUGUCGAUGUUUAAAAAUGGAGUAAUACGUCUGAUC